AUUAUAGAAUCUCUUAUUAUGUGUUACUGUUUAAAGAGGAGAACUAUAAUUUGCACGGUUUCCAUGACUGUUUACACGCUUUAUUUCUCUAUAAAAGAUUAAGAUAAUCAUCAUUAUUUAUUCUUAUCAUAUUAGUUAUGUAUCAUGUAUAAUAACUGAUAUAAUCUCUCUGUAUAUAUAUCAAAUCAACCUUAAUACCAUUACAACUCAAUACCUCAAUAAUAUAAUUAUUAUUAUUAUCAAAAUGACUGUUUAUGUUGGAACUUAUUAUUGUUCAAUAGCACAUCUUGUACCAAGAGAAAUGUGUUUUGCCAUACCGUUUGAUGAAGUAAUUGGUGAUAAGAAAAAUACUACCGUCACAACAUUAAAAAAUACAAUUUCAACAUCAAAACAAUCAGAAAACAAAAUGGUUACACAAACACCAUUACAAACAUCACCUAUUUUAACAUCGAUAAAACAUGAUGAACAAUAUUUGAAAUCAACUUUAAUCAAUAAAUCAAAACAUUCAUCACAAGUUCAGCUAACCAACACUAUCACUAAUCAUCAUAAUACAUUUGAUAAAAGUAAUGUUAAUCAAUAUAUGAAUAUUAAUAAUAAUAAUAAUAAUGCUCAAAAAAUAAUGUUUAAACAUAUUAAAUCUUAUCCUCCAAUACGAAAACUAUCAACUAGGAAUAAUAAUAAGAAUAAUAUACUUAAUACUCAUAAUCAUCAUUCAUUAAUACCUGUAUUCCAGAGGAAGUUGAUUAGUUCCACUGUUCCGAUGACAGUUAAUACUAUUACUACUACUACUACUACGACGACGACGACGAUGACGUUGACUACGACUACGUCUACUAACACUGUCGUAUCUAGUCGUUUCAUGUCAAAUUUAGCAUUGAAAAAGAAUUAUUUAGGUUAUAAUUUAGAUGAACACAACAUAAAACAAACUAAUAAAUAUACAAGUUUCAAAGAAACUGAUCUAACUCCUAAAUAUUUAGACAAUAUUAAAAGUGCAUCAAUAUCAGAUUUAAGUCAUUCCAGUUUAAGAAUUAAUCAUAAAAUUAUAGAUAAUAAUAAUAAUCAUAAUCAUAAUAAACCAAUGGAAAUAUCACCUUUAUUGAGUAAAUCAUCAUCUGGAAUAAUCAAAACAGAAUUGAAUUCAUUUAGUGAUACAUCCAUUACAUUGGAUCCUAUAAAUCAUCAUCCUAAAAUAACAAUUAUUCGUGAAAAUCAUCAUAAUAAUAUAAAAAUGAAUUCAUAUCCAAAAUUACCAAUUACAACUAGAUCAGCUUAUAGAAAAGAUAUCCAAUUACAUAAUAAUAAUACUAAUAAUAGUAAUAUUCCAUCUUAUAAAUCAUCUAUUAGUCAAUCUCCAUUAUCAAAUAUAUCUUGUGAAAGUUUACCAAAUGUAAAUAAUUCUAUCAUAAAACAAUUUAAUUCAUCAACAUUAUAUCUGAACAAUAAUGAUAAUAAUAAUAAUAAUAAUUGUAAAAUGAAUGAUAUUACAUGGAAGAUUCCAGAUACAAUAGAACGAUACAAUUCAAAUGAAGAGAUUGGGGUAGAUCUUUCAACCUCAGAAAAAAUUAUGCAAUAUACUACUAAUAAUACAACUACUACUAUUACUAGUACAACAACUACUACUACUACUACUCCUGCUAAUAGUAAUAAUAAUCAAUCAUAUAUAAAUAAAAUUGGUUUAUUGAAACAAUAUGGUCAUUAUAAAUCAACACCAAAUAUAAAUACAACAAUAAAAAAAUCAAGAACACCAAUAAAAUUAACAAAAGUUAAAGAAGAAUAUGUGACACAUAUAGCUAGACCAUUAAAACCGGAAUUCGGUAUGAAUCAUUAUAAUGCAUUCAGUGAACAAGAUUUAUCUGGGAGAAUAAUAAAAUUAAAUGAGAAAGAAAAUAAUCGGAGACAUAGUGAAUUGAAUUAUUUGCAUAGUCCAUAUGAUCAUUAUUCAUAUCAACAUAUAAAUCAAAAGAAAUUAAAUGGUGAUAUUGAUGAUCAUGUUGAUGAUGUUCAAUUAACAACAUGGCGACAUAAUAGUUAUGACAGAAAUUUAGAUAAGAAAUCAGAUGAGGAUCCUAUUCAACCAAUCAUUAUACAAAGACAUUAUGGUUCAAAUAAUUUUAUUUCAAAUAAACCAUUUGAUAAGAAUAACUUAUUAUGUUCUGAAAACCAUAAUUAUCAUUCGAAUCAUUAUUAUACAAAAAAUUUACAUUCAGAAUCUUCAUCAGAUCAUUUUAAUGGUCAUUUAAGUUAUCAUCCAUCUGAAGAAUCAUUAUUAAAUGAUACAAAAGUAUUGAAUGGAUUCAAUAAUCAUAAUAUUAAUAAUACUAAUAAUUCAAUGAAUGAUUAUUGUAAUUAUUCACAAUCAUUACAUCAUCAUUAUAUAUGUAAUGGGAAUAAUUCUAUGAAUGAUACAAAAUUAAGUGGAAUCUAUAAGAAAAUUAAUCAGAAACAACCUAAUCGUAUAUUACCUAGAAGGCCACGUUCAUUAAUACAAGAUAAUUAUAAUCAUUAUGAUAUUAAUAAUAUUAAUAAUAAAAAUAAUCAAUAUGAUAUAUCUAAUGAAUUACGUAAUAACCAUGGUUACAGUUAUAAUAAUAUUUAUGAUAGUAUAAAUAAUAAUAAUAAUAAUAAUGAAUAUUAUAAUUAUAAAGAAUCCAUUGAUGAUUUACAUUCGGUUACACCAAAUCUAUUCCGAAAAUAUGAUUCUCAACAAUCAUAUCAUAGUAAUAAUACUAUAAAUAAUAAUAUUAGUAUGAUUACUGAUGGUUAUCAUUCAUAUGAUUAUCGAUGUAAUAAUAAUAAUAAUGAAAUAAUUAAUAAAACAAGAACAUGGACAAAAACAGAUCUUGAUGUUGCCUUUCAUCCAGAUUCAUAUAUUGCUAAUAAACGAAAAUAUAAAUCUAAUUAUAAUGAAACAUAUCAUAGAUUAAAUGAUUUAAUAAAUUUACAACAUAGUUCUACAGAAUACAAUUUAAAUACAAACACUACUACUACUACCACUACCACUACUACUACUAACAAUAAUAUCAGUAGUAUAUCAUAUCCUAUAACUAUGAAUACAAUCAAUCCUAUCAAAUCAUCAACACCAAUUUCAAUUUCAAUUCAACAAAAUAAUAAACAAUUCAACCAAUAUGAAUUAGAUCAUUCAAUAAGUGAUAUAUGUUCAACAAAUUCAUCAUUAUCAGAUCAUACUACUAAUGGUAUCAAUUAUUCCUAUACAACUCAUUCAUUAUCAUUAUCAUUAAAUAGAGAUAAAAGAAAAGAUCAUAAUACUAAUACUACCACUACCAAUAAUAAUAAUAAUAAUAAUGUAUGUUAUAAACAUCGUACAUUACCAUUAUUACCUAAUUCAAAUGAAUAUCAACACCAUCACCACCACCAUCACAACCAUCAUCAACAACAACAACAACAUCACCAACACCAAUAUCCAUAUAUUCCAUUAACAUCAUCUCAAUUAAUUACACCGAAUAUAACAUGGCGUAUAAAAAAUUCUAAAGAAAAUUAUUAUAAUAAAAAAUUAUUAAAAUUAAUUGAACAAUUACCAUAUAAUAAACAUAAUUCAAUUGGUUUAAUAUUAUUAACAAUGGAUGUGAAAUUAUGUAAUACUAAUCAUAAUCCAUCCGAUAAUAAUAAUAAUAAUAAUAAUAAUAAUAAUAAUAAUAAUAAUAAUAAUAGUAAUUAUUCAGAUAUAUUCUCUGGUGGUUUAGAAUAUCGUUUACGUGAAGCAUUACAAUUAGUUGAACCAAAUAAUAAAUUACUAAAUGAAUUUGAUUAUUGUCAUUAUACAACAACAAAUGAAUUAAAUAAAAUAUAUUUAAAUAAAAUAAUUGAUGUUCGAAGUAGAAAAAAUGUCAGUGAAUCCAAAAAAUUAUCAACCAACUUUGCUAAAGAAUCACCUAAAGAAGAUGGUCGUGAAUCUGGAAUAGAUCCAGAUACAUUAGACGAAACAUCAACAUCAAUGAUUGGAAAUUCUUUAAGCUUAAAUGAUAUGAAAUAUACUACUAAUGAUCUUAGUCAUACUACUGAAGUACACAAACCAAGUGUAAUUACAACAUUAAGACGAUUAUCAAGAUAUUUAGCUUUACGGAUAGCAAAUAAACGUCAUAGUCUAGCUACAGCAAAUCAACAUGUUGCAAGAAAUGCCAUUGAAGAAAAACUUUUACGUUCUAGAUUAAGUGAAUUAAAUACUGAUUAUUAUUAUCAUCAUGAUAAUAUAAUGAAUAGUUGGAAUUCAUUAAAUUCAAUUGAAAUCAAUCAUGGUACAAUUGUGAAUCGAUUUGAUCGAUUACAUAAUAAUACAAUUGCUGUUAUCCAAUUAUUAUGUCAAUUAGCAAGACGUUUAGCUAUAUUAGAUGGACAAUUAUAUUAUUUAAAUAAAAAUAAAUAUCAUGAUAAUGUUGUAUUAUUAUGUAAUAAUAAUAAUAAUAAUGAUAAUCCAUCAUUAUUACCAUAUAAUCAUAUAACAUCUGCUACAUCAUCAAUGAUAUCAAAUCAGUUCUUGAAUGAUUUCAAUAAUAAUAAUAGUAAUACCAAUCGGAAUAGUAACUGUGAAUUAUCACAAAUUAUUGAACAACAAAAACGUUUAAUUAUACAAAUUAAAGAAGCUCAAUUAUUACGAGCGGAAUUAGAAACAUGUCGACAUCGUUUAUUAGAAAGUAUACCGGGUCAUAUAAAAUGUGAUUUAACACAUAAUAUGAUUGAUAAAUUAGGAAGAGAUUUCAUUAAUGAUAAUAAUAAUAAUAAUAAGUCUACAACAAAUACUACUAAUCAAAAUAUUAGUAAUCAUAAUACAACAGAAUGUAAAUUAACAUCAUAUACAAAUAGUGAAUUGGAUCAACAAAAUCAAACAAAUCAUAAUAAUACUACUACUAAUAACAAUAGUAGUAAUAAUAAUAAAGAUGAAAAAUCAAUAUCCAGUAAAAUGAAUGAACAAGAAGAUCAAUUAAAUUGUCAACAAUCGAUUAUGAAUACAACACAAUUACUUAGACAACGUGUUACUGAACAUUUAAUUGAAUUUUUAAAUUGGUUUGUAUUAUCACAAAUAUUUGAAACAGAAAUCAAAGUAGAUCAAGAUUUAUGGGAAAGUAUUCAAGAUGAAUUAAGAUUUGAAUUAUCCUAUUAAAUCUAUUCAAUUAUUCAUUAUUUAAUACUUACACAUUAUUUGUGAAGUGUUUUUUUGUUGUUGUUGUUGUUGUUUUAAUUUAUGAUUAAAUAUGUACAAAAAAGAAGAGAAAAAGAAAAUCACAACGAGAAUCUUUCAAAGAAAAAAAAAUAGAAAUAGGGAUUCAAAAAAAUCAAAACAAUCACCACCACCACUACAACAACAACAACAUUCAUGGUGAUACAUAAAAAAUCGAUUAUUAUUUUUUUUGGUUUUAACAAAUCAUAUUCAAUAUUAUUAUUUAAAAGAUGACAUAAUAAUUUUAUUGUUGUAUUUAAAUUCUUCUUUUUUCAAAUCAUUUUUCCCGCCUCUUUUUUUUUAAAUUUUUAUUUGUAUUUUAUAAAUAAUUCAAUGACUAAUUUAUGUAAUUUGAUUGUGACUCGUUUUUAUUCUCAACCAUAAUAUUAACAUCAUUGAUAAUUGUUAACAAUAUAAAUGUGUAUAUUCAUUUUAUAGAUAGAUAUUAUAUGAGGAUUUGUUUUGUCGUCAUAAUGAACUCCGUUCCCCUGAUACAAGCAUAUUUGUCUAUAUAGACAAACUUACUUAGUUACUUACUUACACACACACAUAUAUAUAUACAUACAUACGCACAUACAUACACAUGUACACCUAAUAUAUCAUUCAUUAUAUUUAGAUAUUAUCAAAUAUAUAAAUAUACUUAUUCUGUGAAUUAA